AUGGCUGUCGGUGUUGAGCAGGAACGGCCUGGUCAUCAGCGUGAUUGGAGACAACAACAUCGGACACCAUCGGAAAAUCUAGCAGCAGAGGCCCUUACUGACGAAGACAAUGACCAGUUGAGCAUUGCUGGACACAUGGCUGUCGGUGCUGAGCAGGAACGGCCUGGUUUGACUUCUGGACAAGCCACCGUCGCUGGACGUAUCGUUCAUGUAUGCUCUUGGAGGGGUUGUAAGAAGGUUCCAAAGAAUAAAGGCGGAGACGGGAUCCACUUUGGCAAUAUUAACAACCGGCCAAUCAAAGAGAUUGAUCGUGUGCACAAGAUUAACGCGUUCGAUACCAAGGCUCAGCGAACACGCGAAGUGUCGAAUCUUACGAGCACGAUCAACAUUUUAAAAGCGAUGCUGAGACUCAUGCGGACGACAUCGACACGGCCUGUGUGUUGCGCAAAGAAAUAA